AUGGAUUACAGCAACGGUCUUGGCAUCUCAUUUGGCACAAACUAUUCAGAAUUUGAGGAACGUGAUGGCAGUUACGAAGAAGCAAUUGAAUCCGACAACCAUCGUCAAGUUCACAAUGGCCAGCAGAUGGAAGACAGUGGAGAGACACAUUACUCCCCGACCAAACUCUUCUUACCAAACCAGUUCACCCCUAUCAACCAAAUUUCAAGUGGUGCACAAGCUCAAUCCUAUGGUCAACCAUAUCAACACAGUCAGCCGAGCACUUCCUUCCAUCCUUUGGAAAAUAAUGGACAUCUUCAAGAUCACAUGAACGCUAUUCUUGCUUCACACAACGACUAUGGCCAACCCAUUCCUCAAGCUUUGCAAUUUGGCGCAGAUCCUCAAUUCAAUAAUCAUGGUCAUCCUGAUUAUGGCUUCCAGAACAUGUCGGAUCAAACUCGAAUGGAUACACAACAUGGCUUUGGAAAUUCUGAUAUGCGACCUCAGCAAUUUACACAGAACAUCAACCGGCAGUAUGUGUCUCCUGCAGUUAUGCAGCACCAAGAAGAUCCUACUCAUUCCCCAUCCAAUAAUCUUCAGACGUAUAGAAAUUUAUACAGGAACCAAGAAGAUUUCACCAAAGUGAGCGAUUGUUUGAGCUUUCAGCCAAAGCCCGGUUCUUUGAGACCCAGUCGCUUUCGUCCAGUGCAUGAUAACACAAGUCAGGUGCGAAAUCAACUUGGCGACCAAGUGCAAAGUUCAUCUUCUGCAAGACAAGGGAAUAUUUCAAACAAAAACAACAGAACGUCCGGUCGUGCUCCCGGAAAGAAGGGUGGAUCAGCCGAAGAAAGAUACUGGAAUGGAUUCGACACACAUCGCUCAAUGUGGUCUGUUCAAUGUCAUAUCAUCGAAAAUAUCUUACCUGGAUCAUGUAUCUCUCACUUAACUCCGGGCGAGCAAGAAGGCGUCAUUACAAUGAUGCAACGUUUAGGGUUGGACAAAUGGAAGAUUACAUGCAAUGAGGAUAUCCAAAAAUUCUUGGAUCAAAUUGAGUCAUUCAAAUCGCAUCUCUACGCGAAGCAAGCCCGACUCAGAGCAGAAGCAGGUUUGCCUGAGCUUCCUCCGCCUGAAGAGUAUCAAAAUCUUCAGGGGGGUGAUGACCCUCCUCUACAAGAUACAUCUUCAUUUCCAGAGGUAUCACCAAAUUAUGUUCUUACCUCCGAUCAUGGAGGACCGAUCUUUGGUCAGGAUCCAAGAGACUAUCGCCUCGCUCGGAACAAGAGGUCGUUGCAAGUCACAAGUUUGCCAGCUCAAGAAUUCAACUCGCAAAUUCGUCCUCCACCUCUCAUUACCCAACGUUUUCUUCCUCCAACUUUCCAAUCACAUUACGGUAUGCAAAAUCAGCAAGGACAUCCAUUGGUUCAUCCAAGUGAUCUACUUCAUCCAUCGAUGGAUCAAGGCAUGGAUAGACCUUUGGAUUUCUCGUAUCAACCUGUCGAAUUCAAUGGUGGUCCACCACAGCAAUAUCAUCACCACGGUCAACCUUUUGAGUACAGCUCCUUUCAUGGUCAUUCUCCUCGCUCUCUCCAUCUCUAUCCAAGUAACAACGCUGACCAAAAUUUCCAUCCAGCUCCACCCCCAGAAACAAUUGAAGAGUACGAGGAAGAUGACGAACAGCAAGAGGAGGUAACGGGUACUGAGUCUCAGUCUCAGACCGCAAAACAGGAAUAUGGACCGAAAAAGGAACAGAAUCAAGAGCAAUCCGAACCCCCACAACAAGAAAACCAAACCGCAGAAUCCGAAAGCGAACUCGACUCCGAUGGUUGGUCUAUCCACGCUGACGAAAUGCGUUCUCCACCAUCAAACAUCUAUUCCAUCCCCGACCCGCAAAUAUGCCACCCUCACCUCCACGACCACCACAUCGUUUUCCGAAAUCGCGUGUGGAGUACUGCUCUGGGUGCGAUUGAUGAGAAUGGGGUAAUUAGAGAUUGGGAUAAGGCAGAGAGAAGAGAAAUUGUUGAGGGGAACUGCGGAUGCAAGGGUUGGUUUCAUGGGAAUGGGAGGGAUUUUAUUAUGUGGAUGGUGGCGGGGAGAGGAUUUGUUGUGAUGGGGGAGAAGGGGAGGAUGCUUGGAGGAAGUGGGGAAGAGGGAGACGAUGAGGACAAUGCUGAAGAUGAAGGGGAGGAAGAUGAACAGUUAAGAGGAGUCCCGAAAGGGUUAAGCAGGCCAUUAACUCAUGGACCAGAAUUAGAUAAGGUCGAGGAGAGAAGAAAGAAGUGGAAGGAGGAUCUCGAUGAAGGCUCACCAGUCAAGAAGUGGAAAGGAAAGGGGAGAGCUGCGGAAUCAGAUGAAGAAUUGGAUGAGCAGGAAGUUUGCUAG